AAUCACAUUCUUGGAUUCAGUGUGUCUCAAGAUGGCGACUCCCAUCGACUCGUAUUAUCUCUGCGGUUGCUUUUAAACGAUAAACGGUGUUUCUGUUGGUAGUGUAAACUCAUGCCAAGACGGGAAACAGACAGAGUCAACAGGACCUGACCUGAAUGGACUCGAAUGACUGGCAUAAGCCGUUUCCUCAUGGUUGUCCUGUGCAGGGAACCGGUCUUGGUGUCGGCCUGAGGGAGUGCUGUCAUAUCCGAGUAUGGCCACUGAAAACAGGAUCAAUUUUUGGAGGAGAAGCGCAAAGGUUCCCGGAAGUGUGCAGCCUGUUUAUGGAGCACAGCAUCCUCCCCUGGACCCGCGACUGCGACGCCUAUAUCCCAAAGACGCAAAGCUGAAGUUCAACAAUCUCAAGUCUAAAAAGACGUCAAGCUUUCAUGAGUUUGCUCGCAGCACAAACGAUGCUUGGGACAUUGAUGACGAUGAGGGAGAUGACGAUUUCCUUGGCGGGCCUGCCCUCUGUUCUUCCCUGCCGUCUGGCCCACACUCUGCUUUCACUCAAAAGCAGCAAGGCAUGGCUGGGGUCACACAUAGUGGAAUGUCACACUCAACAGAUGAGGACACGGAGCACAAGCACAUCAAUGGCAAAGUUGUCAAGUCAAACAGCGAGGUCCACCUCUGCACGUCCUCAGUUCGCUCCACACUGCAGAAGCAGAAGUCUCUCCCGGUUCGACCCAUCAUCCCACUUGUGGCGCGCAUUUCAGACCAGAACGCGUCAGGAGCCCCUCCCAUGACAGUGAGGGAGAAGAGCCGGCUGGACAAAUUCAAGCAGCUGCUGGCUAGUGCCAAUACUGACCUUGAGGAGCUCCGGAAGCACAGCUGGUCAGGUAUACCAAGGGAAGUCCGUCCAAUCACAUGGAGGCUUCUCUCUGGUUACCUGCCAGCCAAUAAGGAGCGCAGGGAGCUAGUGCUCAAAAGGAAGCGAGAGGAAUACUUUGGCUUCAUUGUGCAAUAUUAUCACUCCAGAACAGAUGAACACUACAAAGACACAUACCGACAGAUUCACAUCGACAUUCCAAGGACCAACCCUCUCAUUCCAUUGUUUCAGCAGCCCGUUGUGCAAGAGGUGUUCGAGCGUAUUCUCUUCAUCUGGGCAAUUCGACACCCGGCCAGUGGUUAUGUCCAGGGAAUCAAUGAUCUAGUCACACCUUUUUUUGUUGUCUUCCUCUCCGAGUUUGUCAUGGAGGACAUGGAGAACUUUGAGGUAGCUGCCCUGCCGCUGGACACUCAAAGAAACAUUGAGGCUGACAGUUUCUGGUGUAUGAGCAAGCUGCUGGAUGGAAUACAGGACAAUUACACCUUUGCUCAGCCGGGAAUCCAGAACAAAGUCAAAGCUUUAGAGGAGCUUGUCAGUCGGAUCGAUGAGGACAUUCACAAUCAUUUCAAAAAGUAUGAGGUGGAGUACCUACAGUUUGCUUUCCGCUGGAUGAACAAUCUGUUGAUGAGGGAGCUUCCACUGCGUUGCACGAUCCGUCUCUGGGACACCUACCAGGCUGAAGCAGAAGGAUUCUCCCACUUUCACUUAUACGUCUGUGCCGCAUUCCUCAUUGAAUGGCGCAAAGAAAUUCUGUCUAUGAUCGACUUUCAGGGCCUUCUUAUACUACUGCAGAACCUUCCCACAAUCCACUGGGGUAAUGAAGAAGUAGGCCUCCUGUUGGCUGAAGCUUAUAGACUGAAGUACAUGUUUGCAGAUGCGCCCAGUCACUACAAGAGAUAGGCAUUCUGUGCUUAAAGAUGUGGACUUGAUUCUUCGACUCGCUUAAACUUUUUACGUCUUAGACGUUCCUUCAAAGACACUGUUGUCUCUGAGCCUUCGAAUUAGCCUACUAAAACAGUCCUGUGAUAAGGAGCCUCAUGAUGAAGGUCACACUGGAGUACGGAGGUCCACACGGUGAAUAAGGACCAUUUGGACUGGACUGUUACACUAUAAAGCACAUGCCUAUGCCAUCUUGCUCCAGUCAUGCAAGUGAUUGUUUCUCCUGUCUAAUGUAUUUUCAGAAGAACAUUUUGUGAUUUAAAGGGAUGAUGAAUGUCUGUGAGAUCAUCCUGGUUAAACAUAGUUUAUUUUUUAUUGAUUUUGAAGUUGUUGUUUUUAAGGAGCUGCAAGGACAUGGAGAAGUACAUACAAUACAGUACGUGGAUGUAGUUUUUACAGUUUAAAGCUGUACCAUAAAUGAAGUCAAACCUGCGUCCCCUCCCUUUAGACACAAGUUGCCAGAUGUAAUUAGAAUGACCUGCACCGCACAAUCAGCCAAUCAGACUACUCUGCUCCAGAGAAACGUCCACUUAAUCUCAAUAGUUUAUGGAUUAUUUUGAACCCCCUACUUUAUUUCAUUGUGUUUUCAGAUAGAAGUCCAAAAAGUAGCAAAAAGAUUAAGCUUGUUAAUGUUACACUUUUAGGAGGUGACUUUUAGUGUCCCACAGCUUGAGGAGAAAUGGCUCACCACGUUAAUGUAGCUUUAGAACUCAUAUUGAGCUUAUUUUAUUAUAGACGUCACACCAAUUGGUUUAAAUUGAAUAUUUUAAUAUUUCAUUUAAUGUUGUCAAGAUAUAGCUCAUGUGAUUACUUCAAGAAUUGGCAUUUCAGAGUUCUGAUCCUUGAUUUGAUACACAGAUAAAUAAUUCCUAGUCAUUACUAGAUUAGUUUUGCUCCAACAGUAUUGACUGUGUAAAGCGUGUUCUAUGUACUUCAUGAUUUAGUCAGUGGUAUUGAAGGACAAUGGUGAGUAUUUUAAUUCAAUUCAAAGUAUGUCAGACAGUCCUGUACAAGCAUCGCAGCUAAAAGAGUAUAUGAUUAUGCCUUUGUGAAGAUGUGCUCCUGUCUUUUACGAUGUAACAUAAAUGCUUCGUCAUCAGCUCUGCUUUUUAUGUCUUUGUUUGAUUCGUAUUUGCAACAUUGGAAAUAAUGAAUGAGAUUUGGUGAUUGGUAUAAGGGAGCAAUCUCCCAUUUAAUCUUAUGGCAAGAAACAUGAAAUGAAACAUUUUACAAUUGGAAGAUUUGACAAUCAUAAACUUAAUGAUGAUAAUGAUAUUUUCCAUAAAUGGGAGCAGGUAAUAGUAAUAUAGAGCAACUGAAUGCUAUGGCAUGCUGUGUAUGUAUCUCAUGCCUGGCUUGUAUGGCAGCUAUAUAACAAAAUUGAUGUGCAGGAUUCAUUUUUAUUUUAUUCUAAAAUAUCACUUCAUCCAUAAUAAGGCAUAGCUACUGAUAGAGUACAGUAUUUAUAGUAAAUAAGGUGCUGAUAUUAGGUACUACCAUGUACCUCAUUUGGAGCAGAAAAAUUCUGCUUUGUUGUCAUCAAUGUUUUUAUUUUGUCAGUUUUCUUUUGUUUAUAUAUGUGGUAGUAUAUUUCCCUGCUUCUUCAUUCAGGUGCAAUUUCACUCAUGCCUCUGUGUUAUUUCCACAUUGAUUUGUUUUUUCAUACUUAUUCAAUACAUGGUGUUGUUUUACCUGAUUACUAAAAAAAAACGUACUAAUGAAUGUGUGUUGUUGUUUAAUCAAUAUAUGCCAAAUCUUUCUUUGGGCCAAUGCAAGCUGGUUUAGAAUAAGUCUGUAGACAGUUACUUCAGCCUUAAAGGGAGUGUUUAAUUAUUACAGUAUCUGCUGUAUAUUAUGUUUGUUUAUAUUAAACGAUUAUUAUU